AUGAUGGAUAAAAUACGAUUCAAAGUCUUACUCGAUCGACCAUUUUAUCAACCUGGACAGACUAUUCAAGGUCAUGUCAUAAUCGAACCACACCAACAGCUGGAAAUUGACUGUGUAGAAGGAAGGAUUCUUGGAGAAGUUCAGUAUUUUCAGCCGAAUCAGAAAAAUGGAUUUUCGACUACAUCUCCUCCACCGAAAACUAGAGUUAUCAUAGACGAAAGAGCCCAAUUAUGGAAAUAUCAAACUGUCAGUGAAAUGCUGGGCUUGGAUGUUUUUUAUGAUGAGAACCAUAAUAGCCAAUUCGAUAAACCAUCUUCAUCCACUUUCACGACAUCUGCUACAUUUCCAAUUCAAAUUGAUCUACCUCAUUUUGCACCGCCCAGUUUUUAUUGUCCAGGUUCUCCGGUUACUGUUAGAUUCACUUUAGAGAUUCAACUUUACAAUCAAGGAUUCAAACUGGCUUCACACGAAGAAAAUCUAGUUGUAUUGAAUUAUGAAUCCAUCAAACGACAAGUGACUCCAAAACCAAUCAGUCAUCAGAAGACGUUCCAUUUCUCAAAGGAAAGAUCCAUCUCAUUGGAAAUGCUUCUUCCAACUGACGUCUUCACAACUACUGCCAGAAUAGACACUUGCAUUACUGUUUGCAACAAGUUUGUUGUUUUCUUUUUUAGUAUCAUUGAGAAUCAGUUCCAGAUGGAAGCAAUCAUUGAAAUAUCAUUGAAUACUAAUAAUGAAGUGAUUGAGACGGUCAAAAUCGAUACUACAGGAGUCGGACUACAAACUGGAAAAACAAAGAUUGCAGUCGGAGAGACUUAUUCGUUCCGUCCGAUGUUCAAUAUUCCAGCUCUUCCUCCAAAUAUUCAUGUGAAUGGAAUGUUCAAAACUGAGUAUUCUUUGAAAAUCACACUUGGAAGAGCUCAUAAUUUUGUAUUGGCUUCUUAUGAAAUUCCCAUUACAAUUGUGACAAUGGAUCAGAGCUCCAGAAAAUCUUUGCAGAAGGACGACAUUCUCGUCGACAUUUCCGCCUCUGAUAAUACUUCAAAUAAACUACCGGUUGAUCUUCUUGUUUGA